AUGGAAACUUCCAAGUACAUCGACUUUACCCAAAAAGACUUCGUUUACAAAACCGUCAACAACCAUGACAUCUCAACCACGGUCUUGGUCCCGAAGAACAUCAAACCAGGAAAACGCCCAUUGCUCGUCCAUUUCCACGGCGGUUUCCUGAUCUGCGGAUCUAAGCUCUAUGAAGAGUGGCAUGCAGUAUGGACGAUCCAACUUGCAGCCCAGAAAAAUGCCAUCCUCAUCACACCAAACUACCGACUUUUGCCCGAAGCAAAUGGCAGAGAAGUACUAGACGACAUUGCAGACUUCUGGACUUGGAUCAAGAGCUCUCUACCAAGGGAAGUUGAGAUUAUGGGCAAAGGAGUGCAGGUGGAUGUGAACAAUGUGUUAGUGGCUGGAGAAUCAGCAGGCGGAUACCUGGCCGUUCAAUCGGCACUGUUGCAUCCAGAUGCUGGCAUCAAAGCGGUGAUAUCACAAUACGGCAUGCUGGACAACAGAAUUCCACACUUUUCGCAGAAGGGAGAGAAGAACAUGGCUGGAGCGCCUCAGCAACCAGAAUCCGAGAUCGAGGAUUACCUGAGGGAUGUGAAGAAAGGAGCUGUGAGAACCGAAACACAUCCUUGGGAGCUGUGGUUGUUCAUCUGUGUUACUGUGCAGGCUGGAAGAUAUCUGGAGUUCUUGGGUGACGGCCAAGGCGUACAUGCGAUUGACAACCUCGAAAAGGUCAACAGCGUGCCGGCAUGCUGGAUUAUCCAUGGCAAAGAGGAUUCAUUGGUUCCCAUCGAAGCCUCGAACAAUUUCGUUGACAAGCUCAAGCAAGUACAACCUGACACACCAUUGAGGUACACGAUACAACCUGGCGAACACGGGUUCGAUGGUGCGGUGACUAUGGAUGCGGAUUGGGUCGAGGAAGGCUGUGCCUGGCUAGAACAGUAUUGGCCAUGA